AUGACUUGCACCGCAUCGGCUGCUGAGUACACGAAAAACAAACGGGCUUUUCUGGCGAAGCGGUUCGCCAAGGGGUUGGAUGCUGACCUGUCCGAAGAUGAGGCCGCCCCUUGGGGGAGCGUUUCCACUGCAUUGGUCGAUAGUAGGUCGAGACUCAAAGUCAAUAGGCCCUUAGUGGAGAACAAAUGCCGAAGCUGUCAUGCGGUGCUCCCCAAGGCCAUAAAGGUCGAAGGCCGAUCUGAGCGUUACGUCGUCGUCACCUGCACCAACAGAGAAUGCAAUCAGCCGGUCCGCCUCAAAGCCCUUCCGGUCGAUAACGAGGAAGACGACGAGGGGAAGAACAUUUUCCAUGUUUCGCCCGCUUAUACCGUAACUGCCGACUCCAAAGGCCAACCCUUCUACGAAGGCGGUAGCAUUCAAACCGACCGUGCACGCAGGCAGCCAAACGACUACAGCCAAGACGGCUGGUGGCAUUUCAACGACAUGGGCAACUUCCAGCCCUUCUUUCCGCCCGCGCCAUGCCGCUUCACACUCAAGGACCGCGACGUCCGUGACGAGCCAAACAUCCCCAUUAAUCAUACACGCACCGGCCUUGUUCCGUGCUGCCUCGGAUGCGGCCUGUUCGGUGUCGUCGUUGACGACGAGUAUGACGUCGUCAUGGCCCAGAGCGGCCCGGACAUGGAAGGUAGCCUCGCUGGAGCUGGUGCUGGAAACAUCGUGUUAAGGGCGUAG